UUGUUGGCUUGACAAGAGUUGAAAAGUGUAAAGAGUAAAACAAGCAUGGCAGUAGAGACUGGGAGAUCCGUGGUAUUUGUGACCGGGAACGUGAAAAAAUUGGAAGAGGUAGUUCAGAUCCUUGGUGACAAAUUUCCCUACAAACUAAUUUCCAAGAAGAUUGACUUGCCUGAAUAUCAGGGGGAACCAGAUGAAAUUUCCAUACAGAAAUGUCAAGAAGCAGCAAAGCAGGUGGAUGGACCAGUGCUGGUAGAAGACACCUGUCUAUGUUUCAAAGCACUAGAAGGACUACCCGGACCUUACAUAAAAUGGUUCCUGGAUAAACUGAAGCCAGAGGGACUGUAUAAAUUGCUGGCAGGUUUUGAGGAUAAAUCAGCCUGGGCACUGUGUACAUUUGCAUUCUGUGCUGGAAAAGAGGAGCCAGUUCAGCUGUUCAGAGGAAUUACUGAGGGCCGUAUUGUUGAGCCAAGGGGCCCGAGGGAUUUUGGGUGGGAUCCCUGUUUUCAGCCUGAUGGUCAUGAAAAAACGUAUGCUGAGCUCCCUAAAGAAGUGAAAAACAGCAUCUCUCAUCGGUACCGCGCCUUGGCAGCCUUGUCAGAACACUUCUCCAAGCUUAACGAAGCACCAGAGACCAAGCGCACAAAACAUGACUGAGUAGUUCUUUUUCCAAGCUGAAUCGGCCAAUCGGAAUUGAUUUGGGCUCUUCAACAUGAAAUAGCCCAAUAAAUGAAUGAUCAAAAAUAUGUAGUCCAAAGGAGCUGUUUAGGUUGUAGUCCAAAAUUCCGGAAGAUAAUUCACCUUGGGUUCCCUCUGGAUUUCCUAUGGGUUUUUAUAAUGGGGUUUGAACUUAUGAGUAAAAUGAGAUCUGUGGUAAACAUUAUUGAUGAUUGGUGGACGUAAAUUUGUAUAACUGUAAUAUUAUCCACUGUUUGUGUUUCUAAUUAUUAAUGGUACGCAGUCAGUGUUUUCACUGCUGUUUCUUGCAUUCUCCCUCUCAUUCACUCCUCCUUUUUCUCUUCCUGUCUCUAUAUCCCCCGUGACAAAGAAAACUUUUUUUGCCAUCUGCACAUGAUCCAUCUGAUUUAGAAAGAAGUAUUGCAACCACCCAACAUUCCCCAAAAAAAGAUUUAAGAAAUUUGUAUUUAGGAAUAAAAAUCCGCACUAAUUAUAUUGCUCAAAGUAUUUGAAAGAAGACUUUGGUGUUUGUCUCAUUCUGCACAGUUUGUCAUAUGGAUGUGAAUGAUAUACAUGAGUAGAGUGUUCUAUUACUUUUCUAAGUGAUCAGAUGCGCAAUAUUUGCCUGGCAGACAAUACUGAUUAAACAAGGGCAAAUCUCCCAUUUCUUUAGUCCUGGGGGUUGGCUUUAUUUAAGCAAACAACCAAAACAUCCUAGCAAUGCAUUAACAUAGCAAUGUGAUAAAAGCACUGAGAAUGCCCUAGAAACACCCUGGCAUUGUACUGGUGAUUUUUGUUUGGACAAGAGCU